CUCCUGUCGUUUCACCACCUUCUAAUUGGCUCGGAGGGCUACUCCGGAGCUUCCGAUUCGCUCGCUUAACUUGCUCACUAAUUCCGAAUGCUCUCUCCAAAUGCGGCCUUGGUUACAAUCAAUUACAUCCUCUUCCUCUCCCUCUACAAUAUAGCAGCGCAUACAGCAGCGCAUACAGCAGCGCAUACAGCAGCGUAUACAGCAGCGUAUACAGCAGCGUAUACAGCAGCACCUACGGCUACACCUACGGCUGCACCUGCAGCUAAGAAGCGCGGCCGGCCGCUUAGUGCAAAGGAUAAGGUACCACGGAAAAAGCCACAAGCUCAGAAGCAAGAUAGUGCUCAGCCUCAUCCUCAGCCUCAUCCUCAGCUGCAGCUCAGCCGUAAGGAGCUCCUACGUCAGCUUGCGGCGUAUGAUGAAGAUAUUAAGGCGGAAAUUGAUCGAGAUAUUGAGUAGGUGGAGUCAGUGAUGCGAAGGGGCUAGGCUUGAUGCAAAGGAGCCGUAAUAAGGUGAGGUUUUGACAGGUUUGGCAUGCUUGUAGGCACGUAGGCAC